CCGUGUAUUGGAAACAUGGCGGCGACCUCAGCAGGACGUGUUCUGGCACUUUGCAAACAAUUUCAUAAUGUUGUGAGGAUAUCUUCAACCAUACCUUCUCAAAACACAGGCAUUUGUUUAACGAAGUCUUCACUUGCCAGGCAGAAUUUACUAGCCGGUGCUGCUUGUCCCAUUUGGCCCGUUGUCCAAUGUCGUCCUCUGCACACAACCAUCAGCAGAAUGGGGCUGGAAGAAUUCUUCGACCUCCCUGAGAACUGGGGAGAAAGCACAGUGAAGUCAGGUGCACCGUGGACUGUAACACUUCUGAGAUCCAAGAGCAACGAAGAACUACACAAACUAUGGUACUUGCUUCUGAAAGAGAAGAACAUGCUGAUAACUAUUGAGCAGGAGGCGAAACGUCAAAGGGUUUCGAUGCCGAGUCCAGAGAGAUUAAAAAAGAUCGAGCGGUCGAUGCAGAGGCUGGACAAGGUGGUGGAGGAGAGGGAGACAGCGCUGAGGCUGCUCCAGACCGGCCAGGAGUAUGCCAGGCCUGCUGACUGGAGGAGGAAUCUGUUUGGAAAAGUGGUUUGGCACCGCUUCAGAGAGUAUGCCAUUCCGUGGUAUAUGAACGCAACGUACAAGCGAAGGAGGUUCUACACACCAUCAUUUGUGAAGCCACAUAUACGGCUGCGUAUGGAGAAGAACCUCCGGACGCGAGCUAGGCAGGCGGACUUGGAGAAGAAGCAGCUGGCCAAACUCAAGGAGAAGUUUCCUCAAAUGAAAGCCUCUUCAUAAUUAAUGUUUUUUUUUUUUUUUAUCUAUCGAGUGCUUGGAUAGAACUCCAUUCACCCUACUCGGCUGUGUAAAUCCAAUUACAUUGAAUACGUCAAGUUGCUUGUCAUCAUUGGAAAUUUGUUGAAUCUGUUGUCUUUGUAUUGAAUCAUUAAAGAUUAUGUGAGUAAUUA